AUGACCGGCGUUCUAGGCUCGAACUGUGGAGCUGCCCAAGAAGUCAGUAGCAGCAAAGCUGGAUUCAUCUGCGGCCUGGAGAGCGUUCUCUAUGACGAGCCAUCGCGCUCGACCUGCAGGGUCCAGGAACCUUCAAAGGUUCUGUGCGUGAAGCGGGCAGAUAUGCAGCACUUGGUUGCUGCAGAGCCAUCCAUCGCCAACUGCCUGGGCAGAAUUGCAACCCGGCAGUUCUUGCGCCACAGUGACGUGCUGUUGCAGGCCUUGCAGCUAAGCGAAGGUGGUGGAUGGAAAGGAGGGCAUUUUGACAAGCACACUGCGGAAGUUUGCUUGGAGAUGCUUGGGCAAGAGAGCAAGGCGGAGAAGGGCAGUCCGACAAGACGGAUUUCCAACGCCCUACCGGAGACGCUUGGCAACCUCAGUACACCAACCGUUCCGCGGAAGCGGUACAUCAGAAGGCAAGGCACGAUCGAUGCCUGGGCACUGAAAUGGUUGGAAGAGCGCAGCAGCAAUGAUCAGGCAAGGGCAGCUCCAUCCUAG